GCGCACAAGCAUCCUGUUCAGCUCUCAUCAUCAUCUGUAUCCUGCAAUCUGGUGGUAUGGCCGACAAGCAAAUGAAGCGAUACACACGUGAGGAAGUUGCAAAGCAUAACAGCAACAUUGACCUUUGGAUAGUCAUCGAUUCCAAAGUCUACGACGUCUCGAAGUUUAAGAGUCUUCAUCCAGGUGGCGAAGCUGUGUUCUUGGAGGCAGAAAUCGCUGGCCAAGAUGCAACGGACGCAUUUUAUAGUCUACACCGACAUGAAGUUAUCCUCCGCCCUCAGUUCUCUCGCCUACAGGUAGGAAUUCUGACAGACGAAGAGAGUGUUAUAUAUGGCCGUGUUUGUGGUGAACCGAGCACGAUACCUUACGGAGAGCCAACGUGGCUUUCUGACGGAUAUUACAGCCCCUAUUAUAAAGAGAGCCAUAGAAAUUUGCAAAAGGCGAUGCGCAAAUUUGUCGAUGACAUCCUCCUUCCUGACGCCGUAGCUAGGGAAGCAGAUGGAAAACGCCCGUCCACGAGGAUAGUUCAAGCUAUGACAGAUCUUAACAUAAAUACAAUGCGUAUGGGUCCUGGUCCCCAUCUGAAAGGGCUUGAACUUAUGGGUGGAGUGACUUCUGAAGAGUAUGAUUAUUUUCACGAGCUUAUUGUCUUUCAAGAGAUAGCACGGUGCGGAGAACGUGGCUAUAUUGAUGGCCUUCAGAGUGGAGCUGUUAUUGGUCUGCCGCCUAUCAUCAACUUUGGGUGUGAAGCGCUUAAGGCGAAAAUUGUCCCUGAGAUUUUAUCUGGCGAAAAAUUUAUAUGUUUGGCUGUCUCUGAGGCCUUCGCGGGGAGUGACGUCGCGGGGCUGCAAUGUAAGGCGACGAAGACUCCAGACCAGAAACAUUGGAUAAUAAAUGGAUCCAAAAAGUGGAUUACAAAUGGCACUUUCUCGGACUACUUCACUAUCGGAUGCAAGACAGAUAAAGGUUUAACAGCCAUCGUGGUGGAACGUGGAGAAGGUGUCGAGACAAGACUGAUAACUACGAGCUACUCAACCGCAUCUGGAACUGCAUACAUCACAUUCGACAAUGUCAAAGUACCGGUGGAAAAUACAUUAGGUCCGGAGGGAGGAGGGAUCUUUGUCAUUUUGAGCAACUUCAACCACGAGCGUUGGACCAUGUGCUGCAAUUCCGCGAGAAGCCAGCGGAUGAUCGUAGAGGAGUGCCUAAAAUGGACUAGCCAGCGGUUUGCCUUUGGAAAACCACUGAAUGCUCAGGCAGUCGUUCGCAACAGGUUAGGUGCUAUGAUUUCUCGUACUGAAAGUGUUCAGAACUGGUUAGAAAAUAUCACGCACCAAAUGUGUAAUAUGUCUUACAAAGAACAAGCGCAGAGGCUUGCCGGACCAAUAGCUUUUCUGAAGCUAUAUUGCACGCGUUGUGCUCAGCAAACUGCAAUUGACGCUGUUCAGCUAUUUGGAGGGAGGGGACUGACGAAAAGUGGGAUGGGUCAACUGAUUGAGCAGUUCUAUCGUACGGCACCUUUUGAUGCGGUUCUUGGAGGAGCCGAAGACGUGUUGGGCGAUCUUGGAGCUCGACAAGCUAUGCGGCAAAUGCCAAAGAAUGUAAGACUGUAAUGCUGUCUCGCAGGAGUGUACAUCAGACCAUUCAGUCAGAUUCCAUGUAAUAUAUGUGAUAAGGACAUGCCACCUGGGACGAACAUACAGGCUGCCCGACCGGUCGGUGCUCCCUGCAACAGAGCCCAGCCAGGGACAUGCAAGGAGGGCCGGCCAGGUCUUAUCUCUAUUCGGCUAUACUUUCCAGCCAGCAUGUGGAGUUCAUGCUGUUAAAACUAGACAGGAUGAAAACUAGAUAUAAAAGACC